GUUGACACUAGCGAAACCCUGCUUUCUGCCAGCGCCUUCCUCUCGCAGGGCUUUGACGACUUUGCCACUUUGGAGGCUGAGAGGCUGAAGCUCAGCGAGCUUCUUGAUCGCUUCUCCGGCUCAGUCCCAAAUCUGCAGACCAGCUCCUGGUCGGAGGUAACGCAGCCUCCGCUGACGAAGGAGCAGGUAGCUCUGGAGCUGAUCCAGCCUUUCUUGACGCCCAACACGCAGACCUUCCAGAGUGCGGAGUCCAUGGAGCAGGCCAUUGCAGGCGGCUCCCUGUUUAAUGCCAGCGUUGGCAGCCUGCAGUCGGCCUCGGCUCUGUUGGAUCUUGACAUCACCGACGAGGGCCCAGCAUCAGCUCUCUCUUUUCGCGUGCUGACAAAGUUUCUCAACGCGGAAGCCGCGCGGUCGAUGGGACAGAGUGGGGUGGUGGCACAGAACAGAUACUGGCGCGUCAAGGCCAUCCUGAGUAAAGGCGUGAUCGUGGCAGCCUACUUGAGUGCAACGGAGAAGCACGUGCUGCCGGAGUAUCAGGGGACGGCCAACAAGGCUUAUUUGGAUGGUAUCGUCGAUUCCUUGAAGUUGGCUUAG